AUGGCCUCCACAGACUCACGCCCGCCCGACCUCGCCCAGGUUGACACCGCACUCGAGAUGCACACCGACGGCGCCGUACCCGUGGUCAAUGCACCCCCUGCGUUGUUCGGCGCAGGCGGUCCUAUGUUGAAGCGGUUCGACGAGUCGGCCGCAUCGAGUAAGAUGCCCUCGCAGUCCGCAACACCUCCCAUUUCGGUCGUCGGCAUCGGUAACAAAGUUGCGAAGCCGGACUAUUCAGAAGCCAAGAUCGUGCUGGCUACCGUCGGGCUCCCCGCGCGGGGCAAGUCAUACCUCAGCAACAAGCUCAUGCGAUACCUUAAAUGGCUAGAAUACGAUGUCAAGCUUCGACGAUCGCGAGCCCGCCAACGCGCCAUCACGAGCGGUCAGCGGGAGAACCACAAUGCGGAGUAUUCAGCCACUCGAACGAGGAGGCGACCCGCCUGCGAGACGACUGCAGAGGACAGCCUGGAGAUGCUGAUCCAGUGGCUCAAGGACGGCGGCAACGUCGGGAUUCAUGGUAGAGAGAAGAUCAAGCAGCGCGUGGCGCGCGAGAAAGGCUUCACCGUCUCGUCGGGCGACCCGGACUACAAGGACAUGUCACCCGAGGAGGCGAAGGCGGACUUCCUGCGGCGGAUCCGCGCGUACGAGCAGGUAUACGAGACGAUCACGGAGCCGCACCUCUCGUACCUCAAGAUCAUCAACGUGCACGGGGAGAGCCAGUUCAACGUGGAGGGCAAGAUCGGCGGCGAUGCGCCACUGUCGGAGCGUGGUCGAUCCUACGCGGAAGCGCUGCCCGGUCUCAUCAAGGACAACAUCGGCGAUGCACCUUUGACCGUCUGGACGUCAACCCUACAACGCACCAUCCAAACGGCGCAAUUCGUACCGUACACCAAGCUCACAUGGAAGUCGUUGGACGAGCUCGAUGCGGGUGUCUGCGACGGCAUGACGUACGAGGAGAUUGAGCAAGCAUACCCGGAAGACUUUGCGAAUCGCGAUGAAGACAAGUUCAACUAUCGCUAUCGAGGUGGCGAAUCUUACCGAGACGUCGUCGUGCGUCUGGAGCCUGUCAUCAUGGAAUUGGAACGACAAGAGAACAUCCUCAUCAUUGGCACCAGAUACGCCUACUUCCAGAACUUCCCCCAGACCGAAUUACCCUACAUCAAGAUCCCGUUACACACGGUCAUCAAGCUCACACCGAAGGCCUACGGCUGUGACGAGGAGCGGUACACGCUCCCGAUCGACGCGGUCGACACCCACCGACCGAAGCCCAAGGUGGCAGGCUUGAACCCACAGAUGGGCGACGUGCCGGCGCCGACGUCGAAACGGCAAUACUACGCGGAAGAGGGGGCGCAUUAUAAUGAUGUCUGGACGGUGAAGAAACUGGAUCAUCCUACAGUUCCCCGACAUAUCGGCCACGAGGUCAUUCUACACGUUGAGUAG